GUUGAAUGUCACAUUUUUUAUGUACUGCACUGUUGAUACCCGGACGAGCACGCAGCCGAUGGUCCUGAAUUUCUGUAUAUUGUUUUACUAGUUUCUCUAUCUCCUGCUUUUCUUGUGCCAUGUCUUGCUCCUCACGUUUGUUGCCUUCCCGCAGUGGAAUAUUACGCCAGCCGGCUUCCUCUCCAUCCUGGCUCAGCACAAAAUCAAGACCAGCAGCAACGCCAGCGUCGCUGCUGCGCUGUCGGCGCGUGGCCGUAAUUAGCCCAAUACGGCAACUGACCGGCCCCUCCCCUCUCCUGCAAACGCGGAGACUAUCAUACUCGGUCCUUGGUCCAGCCCUUGGUGCCUCGACAGCCGGUGCAACCGCCCUUCAGCAGCACCGUCACAUUGUCGCCCAGCCGCGGUCCAGCACACGCCUCCUGUCCCGCAACAAGCCCCCCGCCAGAUACUGCUCCUACCGCCGUCACGCAAUGUGCAGAUCCCGCGCCGGCGUCGAGAUGGGUGGCGGUGUCGCCCCCAGCACCGCCGCCAGGGAGCUGCUCCCGGUCAACGUCGUGCCCAAGCACUACGACCUGACCCUGGAGCCCGACUUGGACAAGUUCACCUUCUCCGGCACCGUCGUCGUCCACCUUGACGUCGCCGAGGACUCCACCUCCAUCUCCCUCAACACCCUCGAGCUCGAUGUGCUCAAGGUCAAGAUUGUGUCGGGCGGCAAGACCGUCACCGACUCGCCCAAGGUCUCGUACAACGAGGACACCCAGGUCACCAAGAUCGACUUUGACCAGACCAUCCCCAAGGGCACCAAGGCCGAGCUCACCAUUGAUUUCACCGGCACCCUCAACGACAAGAUGGCUGGCUUCUACAGAGCCACAUUCAAGAGGCCCGAUGGCUCCGAGGGCGUCCUUGCCGUGACCCAGAUGGAGCCUACCGAUGCCAGGCGUUCGUUCCCCUGUUUCGACGAGCCGUCGCUCAAGGCCACUUUCGCCGUCACCCUGGUGGCUGACAAGAAGCUCACCUGCCUGAGCAACAUGGACGUCGCCUCCGAGUCCGAAGUCACCUCGAAGCUGACGGGCGCCGUCAAGAAGGCCGUCAAGUUCAACAACUCCCCCCUCAUGUCCACCUACCUCCUGGCCUUCAUCGUUGGUGAGCUCAACUACAUCGAAACCAAGGAAUUCCGCGUCCCCGUUCGUGUCUACGCCCCCCCUGGGCUCCCCAUUGAGCACGGCCGCUUCUCCCUGAACCUCGCCGCCAAGACGCUCGAGUUUUACGAGAAGGUCUUUGGCAUCGACUUCCCACUACCAAAGAUGGACCAGGUCGCUAUCCCCGACUUCGCCCAGGGGGCCAUGGAGAACUGGGGCUUGGUCACGUACCGUGUCGUUGACCUGCUACUGGACGAGAAGGUCAGCGGCGCCGCGACCAAGGAGCGGGUUGCCGAGGUCGUUCAACACGAACUGGCCCACCAAUGGUUUGGAAAUCUCGUCACCAUGGACUGGUGGGAUGGCCUGUGGCUCAACGAGGGUUUUGCUACCUGGGCGUCCUGGUACUCUUGCAACGUCUUCUUCCCCGAGUGGAAGGUGUGGCAGUCGUACGUCACCGACACUCUCCAGGGAGCCCUGUCCCUGGACUCUCUGAGGAGCAGCCACCCCAUUGAGGUUCCAGUAAAGCGGGCCGACGAGAUCAACCAGAUCUUUGACGCUAUCUCGUACUCCAAGGGAUCUUGCGUCCUCCGCAUGAUCUCGACGUAUCUCGGAGAGGAUGUUUUCCUUGAAGGUGUGCGUCAAUACCUGAAGAAGCACGCUUACGGCAACACGACCACCGACGAUCUAUGGGACGCGCUGGCUGCGGCAAGUGGCAAGCCCGUGCACGAAGUCAUGACAAUCUGGACCAAGAAUGUUGGGUAUCCCGUCAUUACGGUGACAGAGAACGAGAAGGAGAGCACGAUCCACCUUAAGCAGAACCGGUUCCUGCGCACCGGGGACACCAAGCCCGAGGAGGACGAGGUCCUCUACCCUGUCCUUGUCGGCCUUCGCACCAAGGAGGGCGUCGAUGAGUCCAUUACGCUCAAGAAGAGGGAGGACAACUUCAAGCUGUCGAGCACCGAGUUCUUCAAGCUGAACGCGAACCACACGAGCCUCUUCCGCACGUCCUACACGCCAGAGCGCCUGGGGAAACUCGGUGAGGCAGCAAAGAAGGGGCUGCUGUCGGUUGAGGAUCGGGCAGGAAUGCUCGCCGACGCUGGCGCCCUUGCUGCAUCGGGGUACCAGAAGACUUCGGGAGUCCUGAGCUUACUUAAGGGAUUCAGCGACGAGACCGAAUUUGUCGUCUGGAACGAGAUAAUCGGACGUCUGUCUACUGUGCAGGGCGCCUGGAUCUUCGAGGACGAAGCGGUGAGGAAUAGCCUGGAGGCGUUCCAGCGGGACCUCAUCAGCCCCCGGGCGCAUAAGAUGGGCUGGGAGUUUUCGGAUCAAGACGGCCACAUCGAGCAGCAGUUCAAGGCCAUGCUCUUCGGGUCGGCCGGGCUCUCUGGAGACACCACCAUCAUUGCCACAGCCAAGGAGAUGUUCAAGCGCUACAUGGCCGGCGAUAAGUCCGCUGUCCAUCCCAACAUUCGUGGAAGCGUCUUUGCGAUGGCUUUGAAGUAUGGUGGAGCAGACGCGUACAAGCAAGUGCUGGACUUCUACCGGGCAUCGAGCAACAGCGAUGAGCGCAACACAUCUCUGCGCUCUCUGGGCCGUGCCAGGGACCCAGCGCUGAUCAAGCAGACGCUCGACUUGAUCUUCAGCGGCGAGAUCAAGGACCAGGACAUUUACAUGCCCCUGACCGGCCUCCGGAGCCACCCGGAGGGUAUCGAGGCCGUUUACAACUGGAUGACUGCGAACUGGGAGGAGCUGGUCAAGAAGCUGCCGCCAGCACUAUCGAUGCUGGGCUCCGUCGUGACCAUCUCCACAUCGAGCUUCACCAGGCAAGAGCAGCUGGAGCGGGUCGAGACCUUCUUUGGGGCCAAGGACAACAAGGGCUACGAUCAAUCGCUGGCGCAGAGUCUUGACUCCAUCCGAUCUAAGAUUACCUGGGUUAAGCGCGACGCCGAGGACGUGGCCUCGUGGCUCAAGGAGAAGGGAUACUAGUCGAUCCCUCAUCGCCGCGCGCCCGACUUCCGGUACUGGUAGCAGGCAAUGAGUAAUUCGUAACGACAAAAUUCAACGGUGAAGGCAGGGAUACAUGUUUACACAUACACACCUAGACGCUUGAAUGGGGAGUGCAUGUGGAUAGAAGGGCGUAUACCACCUGGCUAGGGCCGUCUCAUUAAUGCCAUUCCAGGUAGAUAUCUAGAUCCGUUGAGUUGACCCCAUGGACUGGGUAUCCAUCAAUGGAUUCCAUAGAAUCGCUAUACAUUGUCGCGGCAAUAACACAGCAAUCGAGCAAUGAGGACGGUGCGAGACGAUCAAGUGAGUAGUAGAGAAAUCAGGAGAACAGACGAAUGGUCGUUCACCUUGAAAAUUCCGGGUAGCUAGAAUCUGGUUGGUGCUUUUGGA